CCAGGCUCAUUACUUCAUUCUUCAUUCAAACGAGACUCAGCCUGACAGUGAAAGAGACCGAGACCAGCAAGAUUCUCACGGAGAGAAGUGAGGUUAGUAGGUUGGUCGAGGUGUCUCCCUGUCUCUAGCCUGUGAAGAGGAUGAACAGAGGCAUGGCUGGGCAACCGCUCUACAAGCACUUUGACUUGGAGAGGAAGAGCGCCAGGCAGGCUGAAGCCAGACUCAGCCUCAGACUGGCGUGGCUGGAGACCAUCUGCCUCUACCAUGUGAAAUCGCUGGCCAGGGAACAGAGACAGCUCCAGAAAGAACUGCAAAGGUUGCAACAAGAGAUCCUCAAGAAAAGAUCCUCUUCUUAUUUGAGUAAUGGACCUCAGAAGCCAAAAGAUCCCAUGCUGUCACCACAGAGAGGGCAGAAGCACAUAGUCCCAGAGCCUAAAAUUCGAGCAAUGGCAACCAAUCAGGCCCACGAAAUAAAAACCAAGACCCAAGUGUCCACUUUAUGUGACACUGGACUCAAAGACCCCAGGAGGAGCAAAGAGAUAUUGCUGCGUCAAUAUUCCAGAAGUGGCUGCAUCAAGGAAGAGACCUCGCAAGUCCAGGAGGAAGGGUGUGUGAAUCCACCUAAGAGCAUAGACCCCAAGGGCACCUCUGUCCCCUGCCAAGAUGAUGAGGCUUAUGCCGACAACACAGAACAUGGCCCUGUCUCCAGCCCACCUGGCCAGUGUGGAACGGCACACCAUGAUGAGACCAAGUCAGAAAAUGCCGACCCAAUGCCAGGCGGGGAUUCCAGGGAACAAAAUUCCCGAAAUUCCGUAGAAUGUUCAGGAAGCUUCAAAGACGAAUUCACAAAGCCAACCUUCCUAGAGUUGUUUGAAAAGGCCAAGCAUGCCCACUAUCUCCGGCAUAGGUAUCCCCCAGAAUCUGAGAGGUUGCUUAGCAUUGGGGAGAUAUUCGGGCAUAGAGAGUCCUUAUUGCCCCAAGCAGGCAAGAAUUGUGAAAAAGGGAUACCAACCGAGCCCCUUCCUCACUAGCUAUCUUAUGUGCCCUCGCAAUAACGUGUGCCACUAUCACUGAAGAAAUGGGCUGCUCAAAGGCUUCAGUAAGCAAUUCAGAAAUGCAUGACCAGUCCAUGUUUGAUCCUUAGGGCUUACCACUCUACUGACCAAAAUUUUAUAGUCUUUACCUUAAAGAAAAAGGAAAGAAUAUGGUAAAUGAAGGGAGGAAUGA